UUUCACUCACUCCAGGUAGAUCCUGCGGCCAAUCAGGGAGACCGUGCAGGAAUGAACUCUCCCUUUGUGUGUGUGCACGUUUCCUCCAGGUGUGCGAGCCCCACCUAUAGACGGCGGGACACGGGAGGAGGGAGAAAGGAAAAGUAUGAGGAGGGAUGCGGGUUUCUUGUAGUGCUGCCCAGGUGUGAGCACUCCACUCCCAGUGGCUCCGCGGCGUCCACACCUCUGGUGUCCCCCCCCCCCCCCCCCGAUUAUCUUAGAGCGGCCAGUGCCCCAAAUGAGCGACGUCCACAUGGCUACACGCUGAGUAGGCAUCCAUGCGGCAACCAAAUCGUGCCUUGCAACAAGUCUGGAAAGGAUUGCGGUAAACAAAAGGAUUGAACGGAGAGAAAAUAUCCAAGGACACCAAAGGUCCAAAAUGAGUCCAGCGGUUUUACGUGAGGAUCCCAAGUUGGCAUUCGCACUUCUGUGCCUCCUGCGCGUCCCCUCGACAUGUUUAACUCAGUCAACAUCAACGAGCGCAACCCGUAACGGGAGCGCGAGCGCUUCCUCCUCCAACGGCACCUUCAGGGAGGCCGUUUCGGGUUGCCGCCCGGGACUCGAUCCUCUCUAUAGGUACCUGUGUGACCGCAGAGCCAUGUGGGGCAUCAUCCUGGAGACCCUGGCCUCCUCGGGCUUCCUCUUCAGUAUGUCCCUCCUGCUCGGCCUCCUCAUCUGGUCGCUGUGGGUCUGCGUCUUCCUACGGCAGCAACGCAGCAACAUCGGAGGCACGGUGGCCUGCGUGUCCAUGUUCUUGUUGGCCACGGGUGGGAUCUUCGCCAUCACCUUCUCCUUCAUCAUCCGGCUCAGCCCUCAGACGUGCCCCGCCAGGCUCUUCCUAUUCGGCGUCUUCUUCGCCUUGGCCUUUUCCUGCUUGCUGGCUCACUGCCUGGCUCUGCUGGGCUACGCGGCCGCCAGAGGCUGGGGCGAGCCCGCCAUGGCUUUGGGGCUUUUCGCCGUCCAGGUGAUCAUCGCCACCGAGUGGCUCGUCGUGGUGUUGGUGCGCGAUAAGAAGCCGUGCGAGUACAGCCAAGACGAGUUUGUCAUGCUGCAGAUCUACGUCCUGUGCCUCCUGGCCAUCAGCUCGAUACUGUCGGCGCACUUCCUGUGUCGCUCCUGCUUCACGUACAGCUACAGCUACGCGGGGGCCACCCACCAGCAGAGUCGCCAACAGGCCGUGCUCCUCUUCCUCACGCUGUUGCUCUCCGCGGGCAUCUGGGCGGCGUGGAUUGCGAUGCUCACCAGAGGGAAUGCUAAGUCGGGCCGGCGGCCGCAGUGGGACGACCCGACGCUCGCCGUGGCCUUGGUCGCCAACGGCUGGGUGUUGUUGAUGGGACAUGGCUUGUCGCAAAUUGCCUUCCUGUGUAGGGGGGAGGCCAAGUCCAGGGAGGUGCCCCUGAGCUUCGCGGGCUGGACCAGCCCCAGUGCCGAUAUCCCAGGAUUGAACAGUCCCAAAGCGGGAACGGAGAAUGGAAGCUUUGAGAAUGACCCGCAAAACGGAAGAGGCGGGCGAUCUGAUCCAACACUGCGAUCGCCCUACGAGUCCGGAUUCUCUAUGACCGAAAUUGACCCCAAUAAAGAUUAUAGCAUUCCUCGCCCUCAGAGCACCAACUUCAGAGAGCCAUAUGACGAAUAUUAUGGACAAUUUUAAAAUCUUUCUUGCACAUACAAGUACAUGAAACAGAUGCUCUUUUACUAUGGCCUAA